UAUCUUUAUAAUCUGAAUUGGUGGAAUUUUGGAGCGAAAUUGAAGCAUAUUUGUUUUGAUUAGCUGCAAAUCCGAAAGUGUUCAUGAAACUUGAAUUUCAGAAAAUAAAAUACUAAAGUUAUUACUUUAAAAAUAUGUCUUGUUCUCUUGAUAAUGCUAUACCCUCAUUACUUUUCGAGCAUGCUUGUAAAAAUAGUUAUAAUAAUACAAUUGCUUAUAUUUUAAAUAAUGAAGAUUUUACCUCUCAAGUAAUUUCAAGUUGUUCUAGUUCAGAAGAUAAACAAGUCAAACCUGUUUUUAUAUUUAUCAAUCUAUUGAAGAAACUGAAUUCUUUGAAUAUUUUAUCUAAUAUUGAUAGUAUCCCUGAAGAGCUCUCCAAUAUUCUUUCUGUCAUCAUUGACUUGUUAGAAACAACUUAUCGUCAGUAUAAUUUUAUAUCACUGAAGAAGUUCUUUACUUUUCUGUCUGAACUCAAGCUUUUGGAUUUACUCAGUUUGAUUGUAAAAAAUGUUGAAUCUCCCAAAAUUCUCCAAAAGCUUAACCAACAUUUUCCUCGUUGGUCUUCAUCUUACAAAGAAACAGUGGAAAAGAACUAUAACAUUGAAAAUUCUAAAAUAUUGGACAAAGUGGAAGAAAGUCAUGCUCAGUGCCGCAGGCUAAUUCUUAAACUUGCUGUUGACUUAACAUUUAGAGCUAAAUAUAUGACUGAACAAUACACUAAUGAUGUAGACAGAAUUGUAAAGGAAUCCAUAUGUUAUAUUAAGGAAGCAAUAAAUGCUUUAGACUCAUGUGCUGGUUCUUCUUUAUUAGAAACUGUGGUUAAAGAUGAAGAAAAUGUAGCUGAUGGGAGAGAUUUAAGUGUGCAAUUACUUUUUGAAUAUGUCCAACCUGAAAUAACUGAUGAUGGCUUAGUUAAAUUCUUAGAAGAUCUUGAGCCAUCUCUAAAUUCUCAACCUACUGCUUCUGCCCUUACAUCUUGUCUUUCACCAUUUGAUUCUUUAAGUGAAGAUGAGGAUUCAGAUUUAAGUGAAUCAGAAUAUGAGCUUUCACAAAGUGGUAGUCAUCCAAUUAAUGGUAGCUAGAUUACUUAUGAAAGAAGAUAUAAAGUGCUGAAGACCAUAGAUUGUUUCUUGACGAAUGAAGGAUAUUAAAAGAACAAACAAUUUAAAGAAGAGUAUGUACUUAUAUUUUCCAUACGAUGUAAACAUUGAUAUUUCUAAAUAUCAGAAUUCGGUGUCUUAUUUUAUAAUUGCUUAAAAAGUUACACUUUGUAAAUAAACUUUCAAACAUGACAAAUGAAA